AUGUUGAAAAUCAGGCACAUCAUCGUCGCCAUCUUGGCAUUCCCUCUCGCCUUGGCUCACCCGGGCGAGACUGCCGAGAUGGUCGAGCAUGAGAUGCUCAUGCGAGGCCUCCAGCACGCAAGAGCCUCUAUCGCGCUUGCCCAAUGCCGAGAUGCCCCUCAUGCUGUCGAGAUGAGACGUCAAGCCGCGAUGCGACGUGCUGACAAGGCAGACAAACUUCGAGCUGAACGCAAACUUCUUGCUGAACGCAUGUCGCACCAAACAAGGGAUCUCGAGGACCUAGCCACCUACGUCAACAAGACUCACAACCAGACCUAUCUGGGAUACGACCUUAACACUCCCGAGACGACCAUCUUCGGUGCCGGCUCCACAUGCGCUCUGGUCCCGGAGACUAUCAUCGGCCCGUUCUGGGUCACGGGCGAGGCGAUACGGAAGGACAUUACUGAGGGACAGGCCGGAAUCAAGAUGCAACUUGAUGUUCAGUUCGUCAACAUGCACACAUGUCAGCCAGUGCCUAAGCUCGCGGUUGAGGCCUGGCAGGCCAACAGCACCGGAGUGUACUCAGGAUUCCCCAACGGACAAGACGGCAUCAACACAACAUGGCUGAGGGGCGUGCAGUUCAGCGAUGAUUUUGGCGUGGCUACUUUCGACACAAUCUUUCCUGGCCACUACGACGGUCGAACAAACCACAUCCAUCUUCUGGCACAGACAGACUACCGUGUCGAGGCGAACAACACCUACACGGGCGGCCGGGCUCUCCACAUUGGCCAACUGUACUUCGAGGACGCCUUGGUGAAGGCCGUGGAGCGAAGCCAUCCGUACAACUUGAGCGACAUUGCAAUCACGAGCUGGGACAAGGACGGAUUUAUGAAGGAUGAGGCUACAUCGCAGUAUGACCCGUUCGUGCAGUAUGUGCAACUCGGCAAAAGUGUGGAAGAUGGGCUGCUGGCGUGGAUUGAGGUCGCACUGGACUUCAACAGUGAUCACACGGAUGCCACGACCCCGGGCGCGCACUACUAUAGCGAUGGUGGACAUCUUGCCGACGAGGGACACGGUCACUAA